AAUCUGCCGUGAUCUCAUGUUUGCUUCUGUCAUGUCUUCUAUUCAUCUAAAGUAAACUAUUAUCUACAUGUUUUUAUUUGUCGAUGAGUCUGGCGCCGGUGGUGGGAAAGAUUCUAUGUUGGGCGUGCAAUAUGUGUACUUCUUGUUUAUCUCUCUGUACAAUGUUCAAUACCCUCAGGCGAAAGAAUCAUUUAUGCAUGAUGUCUAAACGGGUAAAAAAAACCAUUUCAAUUUUCUUCUCCUUUCUCGAUUCCUCUUAUUCCUCUUUUUGUCAUCCCAUCUCAUCCUCUGUUCCUUUCUGUCUGUUUCCUUUCGUCUUGCGGACGUGGUUUGAUGCUUUGAGUGUAAGCAUUUGGAAUCAUAGUGUUUUGGAAAUAAUCAAAUUGAUAUACUGUCAUAUAUACGAAGAUCUCAUCUCUACAAGAUUAUAGAAGCCCUAAAUCUAGGUCUGUUAGAUUUGUCUCCAUCAAAAAAAGCUACAUUGGCUUUAGUUGAAUUCACUUUCACACCCGCCUAAGCUCUGCGUCGCUCUCUGCCUCAAUUCGAAUAAAGCCGCCCGUCGAAUUAGCCAUAGGAUUAACGCAGGGGCAGCCACCAAGUCAUUGGACAUGUACAGAGAGUAAAUAAUACACAGGACUGCAUCUC